UGACAAUGGUUUUUACGGUUUUAAUUGCAAAAAACAGUGUGCAACAUGCUUUAACAUGUCGUGUGAAAGAUUGGAAGGAAAUUGCUCUUAUGGCUGUAUUGACGACAGAUACGAAGGGAUGAGGUGCCAAACCUUAGAGAAUGGAGAGUUGAACACCAAAGACAAUAAAAUCAGCGCAUCAAUAGGAGGAGGCAUGGGGGCUGUAGUUGUUAUCAUUGUUGUAGUAGCAAUACUAAUUAUUAUAUACAGGCGUAGAUCUAAAUCUAAAAGGGAAAAGUAUAAACGAAACCAAAACAACAUAAGAAGAAGCGACGAAAACUCUUAUUGCAAUCAUAACGUUGCACUAAAGACGGAGGAUGUAUGUCUUAAUGUAGACAGUGUACAAGAUUCAGCGAAGAACAAACCUCCCUUGGCUGGUAAAAUAGAGAGGAAAACAAAUGUUGUUGAAGUAAUGGACGAAUAUCCAGAAGAGCAUGACGAGGAAGAUGAAGGAAAUGUAUAUAAUAACAUACCUUCUGAACAAACAAUUACUCAAUAUAAAAUACCUAUAGCAGACCUUAAAAAGGUUAUCAACGAGAAAAGAAAGGAAAAUGGUUUCAAAAAUGAAUACGAGCUCUUACCUAAAGGACUUGUUCAUGCUCACGCCGAAGGUUCAAAAGAAGAAAACAAAGUUAAAAAUCGCUUUCUUACAACAUGGCCAUAUGACCAUUCACGGGUUGUGCUGACUGAAGAUACCAAACAUGAUUACAUAAACGCUAGUUACAUUGAUAGCUAUAACAAAGAAAAGGCAUACAUAGCAACUCAAGGUCCGAAAACGAACACCCUAAGAGAUUUCUGGCAAAUGGUCUGGCAGGAAAAGGUUUGCAAAAUAGCGAUGGUAACGAAAGUAGAAGAGGGGAGAAGGAAAAAAUGUGAACAAUACUGGCCUCCAUCUGUCGAUAAAACAACGAUGGUAGACAACUUUAGACUCACAAUGACAAAGGAGAAAUAUCAUACCGUUUAUGUGUACAGAUUAAUUAUUGUACACAAUAAAACGAACAAGCAAGAACGGAAAGUUCAUCAUUUUCAUUUCACUGAAUGGCCGGAUCAUGGUGUUCCAGAUAGCGUCAAACUGGUCAAAUUUUACAGGAAAGUGAAAAGUGAAAAAUGUGAUGUGCUUGGUAGUCCAAUGGUGGUCCACUGCAGCGCUGGCGUUGGUAGAACAGGCACAUUCAUAGCUGUGGAUGCACUUUAUGAAAACAGCAGAAAAGUUGGUUUCAUUGAUAUAAUGGAGUAUGUUCAGAUGAUGAGGAAAGACCGCAUAAAUAUGAUUCAAACACAUGAACAAUAUGAGAUCGUGUUUGAAGCACUGCUAGAGUUAUUAACUGUUCCAGAUACGUCCAUUCAAAAGAAUGAUUUCUGUGGAUAUAUACAAAAGCAAGAAAAUAAGACUUUACCAAAAAAUCAAACAAAGUACAGUGAAGAGUUUCAGAGAUUGCGAACGCUGAGGUUAUCAUAUUCUGCGAAUAAUUUUACUGCUGCAAAUCACAAAGAAAACAAACAGAAGAACUCUUCAACGACUGUUCUUGCACAUGACAAUUACAGGCCUUACUUAAUGUCUUAUGGUAAAACCAGAAGUGACUACAUAAAUGCCGUGAUAAUUCCAGGCUAUGCAGUUGAAAGUAAAAUGUUUGUAACACAGUGCCCACUUGUGGAAACUGUAAUUGAUUUUUGGACAAUGAUGUAUGAUCAUAGUUCCAGGAUUAUUGUUUUGUUGGAUCCCGAAAAUAAGGGUGCUGCAUUAUGGUUAGAGAAGAAGGAAAUGCUUCAGUUUGAUGAUUUCCGUAUUAUCAAAGAAACGGAAAAUGCUCAGGAAGAGCUUCAGCUAACUUUGCAUCAUACGAAAAAUAAAGAACAGAUGUCUAUUAAUGUUUUUACCGCUAACGAAUGGACUAUCACUAAUGCACCACCAUCACCAGAGUAUAUGUUAGAUCUUCUGCAGCGUGUACAAACCUGCUGGGAAACGCAUAAAGUUCCUAUCACUGUAGUAUGCAGUGAUGGUUGUAGUAAGAGCGGGUUAUUUGUGGCCUUGACAUUGGUUUUAGAAAAAAUGCAGAUUGAUGAGGAAAUAGAUAUUUUCCAAGUAGUAAGAGAACUGCAAAUGAGGCGACCAGAAUUCCUUGUGGAAUUCGAUCAGUACGAAUAUUGUUACAAGUGUAUCAGAGUGCUACUGGAGGGAGAUUCACUGUAUGCAAAUAUUUAGUCAACUUCAAAUAGU